AAAUAUUUGUUUGUUAUUUAUUAAAAAAAUAAAAAGUAUAUGUUGCGUAAUUUAUUUGGUGGUUUAAACAAAGUGUAUAGUAUUUACAUAAAUUAGUAAUGCAAUAAUCGUAAGAUAAAUUGAAGCAAACACGCGCAUUCAUUUCUCAAACAUAGAAAUUAAUUAAAUUAAGUUUACUGUAAUUGUUCUUUACCAUCUUGUAUAAAUACUGUUUUGCCUUGUAUAGUACAAUUAGUUCCAAUUUCAGUUUUCAAAAAAUUACAUACAAAAAAAAAUGAAAUACGCUAACAUUUUAGACAUUAGUUUUUUCUCAUUGGGCAUCAAUCGACAACGUCCUCAUGACAACCCAAAAAUCGCAAAUGCUAUCUGCAUUUUCUGGCUUAUAGCCGCGGUUUUUUAUUGCACGCUAUCAACAAUGUUGUUGUUUCAUCUAAAUGGUGAUGUUGAUCUACUUGCGAAAACUAUGGAAGGCAUGACAACAUUCUUGCAGAUGUUUAUUAAAUCAACACCACUAUUAUUACAUCGCAAACGUUUUUUGAAACUCUACGAGCAACACAAAACAUUUUGGAAUCCCGAUUUAUUUCCUGAAACAUUACAGAAGAAACUGGAGGUGACAUAUAAAACAUCCUACUACGUUUCUCACAUAUUUCGCGCAUCCGUGUACUUCACGAUGUCUCUGUUUUACAUACAACCAAUUUUCAAAGAAGGUGAAUUGUUGAUUACAUGCUACGUACCUGACUAUACACACGCAUACGCCGUGAUCCUCGCAUUUCAAUAUGUCUACGCGUUUGCUUUUGCUUCGUUUGUCUGCGGUUUUGACAUCUUAUACGUUGCGUAUGCUGCACAUCUUGUGGUUCAGCUACAGAUAAUCAACUAUGUUUUGGAACAUCUUGACAUUAACGAUCCAAAAUACCUAUCAAAGUUUAGAAAGUGUAUGGAGCAUCAUAAAUUUAUACUUAGUUUCACAGCUGAGAUGCUGAGUAUUCUAAGUAUUCCACUUUUGGGUCAGUACAUCUUGUCAAUAUAUUUGAGCUGUAUGGAAUUGUAUCUUUUUGCUGACAGUCUUGGAAGCCCUGAGCGAUUUAUUCUAAGUGUUUUCUACGUAUUGUGCCUAUAUAUACAAUUUGCAUUGUAUUGCUUUCCAGCUACCGAAUAUACCGCAGAGGCCGAACGGUUAGCGACGGCUAUUUACAGUAGUUCUUGGUACAACGGACCUGUGUCACUUCAGAAAAAUGUUGGAUUUGUCAUUCAGCGUGCCCAAAAAGAAUUCAAGUUUAUGGCAGCUGGACUAGCUGAAAUUAAUUGCGAAGCUUUUGUUGUCGUGUUUAAAACAUCACUUUCGUUUUACACUCUAAUGCGACAAAUGAAAGAAAACGUUGAUGGAUGAAGGUGCAAUUAUUCAUGAGUAUUUUUGGUGAGAAUUUUAGAGCACUUAGGAAUUACAAUUGAACAACAACAAAAACAUGAUAAAAAGUCUCUUAAACUACAACAUAACCGUUACAAGCUUAUUUAAAUAUUUUAAAUAUUAUAAAAAUUAUCAGAUUUUACUGAGCCUUUUACGACAUUCUCUAGGGCCAAAAUUUGCCAAAAAAAAAUUCACUUAAAAAGUAAUCUAGUGUUAUUUGUAUCAAUAUAUGAAAUAAAUUCGAAAUAUUUAUUUAUAUUUAAUAU